UAUAAAAACCAGAGCCGCCCCCUCAUCAAUAUAUGCAUCUUUCCUACGACUCAAUUUGCGCACCUUCGUGGUCAGGAUUUGGAGGUAGACUACUACACCUAUAUAUACUUUCUCGUUUGACUUCUAAAAAGCCGCGACUCAAUCAUGUCCUUGAAAGAACAAAAUGCAGCGGAACGACAACAGUCCCCACCCGUGGUCCUGGAGUAUGGCUACUCGCAUUGGACAAUUAGCAGCCAGGGCGCAGCGGAUUUAUAUGCAGCCGGAGCCAGAUUGUGGACUAAAGACAGUUUACGAGAUAUUGAACAGCAACUUACGGAGUUUAAAAUCAGAAGCUCUUUUGCAAUACGCCGUAUCGAUGGAACUAUCAUUUACAUAAAAAAUCCGAUGUACGGUGUAACAGAACCUAUUUGGAAGCCAAUAGUUGAAUUUCGAAACUAUUGGCGACUUGUCAAAUCACAACCGGACGGACCUCCAGAAACAUACUACUGUACAUACCUCAUAGAGUGGUUCAACCAAAUUGGAACACAAUUUUACGGGCCAAUAGAGGGAUUCGAGGCCGUCUUUCAGCAGAUAAAGAAGUCCUGGAACAAUAGCGCAACUCGUCAACUACUCCAAGACCGAAUUAGGGCUCUUAUUCAUACGUCGAGCGAUUGCCAAAUAAUCAAGGUCAUAUGUUUUGGAUUAGGUGACAUAAGCGUGCGGCCGCCAAGUUGGUGGCGCAUCAAAAACCGCGAGCUCGAAAAUCCGGACCGGGAUACGGUUAUGGUGGAGGCUAGCAUGUUACAACAUUGUGCAGCCUUAACAAUUGUUGAUGCUUUACGGCAGUAUUAUCUAGAGAAAGAGAACUCAUCUGGCAAUACCACUAUUAUACGACUUCUCACGCAAGACCCAAAGUACACAGAGCAAACAAGAGAGUGUUUAAGGGCUAACGGGUUCGAAGUCGUCGGGCCUGCUGGCGCUGGCGGUUUCGCUGAGGUAGAUAAUGAGACGGUGGUGUUCUCCGCCUUUGCUACGGCUCCGAUCAAACAGAUUAUAGCGGAUUUGGCUCGACCUGUUCUAUUCAUUGGCAGUUUCCCGCUAGAAGAUUUUGAUAUUCGUAUGAAACCUUCACCAGAUGCAGAAUCGCCUCGAACGCGGGAAAUGUGGAAAAGCUACGCAAAGUCAGACUUCCCAGUCGCUGGAGAAGAAAUUCCUUCUAUGGCUAGCUUACACAAGCUAAGCAUUUGCGCAAGGAAUGCAAAAGUCGACUGACUAUCUUACCAACUGUCAUGCCUGGUGCUGUUCAGUCAAUUGAUCAGUUGGUGGACCACCGAUCCACUGCAGCAGUAGCCGCCAACAUGACCACCACCUACGGGACCACCACUCAUUGCCACUAGACUAACACCUCAAAAUAUAUAUAUACAAAGGGAUAGCCCUUCGCCAUAUCGAUGAGGAAUUUUUUUUUUUUUUUUU